UACACUACAUUUCCCAGUAUUACCCUCCAGGACACGUAUUUUUGUCAUCACCAGGCAGCCGACUUUAGGGCUACAAAGACAGAAAAGAAGCUUUGGUCGUGAUUUCUGUAGCUUGAGAAAGGAGGGUGCCAGGAACAGAAUAGUAUUUCCCCCUAACAGAGCUCAUGUGAGUUACAUACUGCAAUAAGGAAGUGUCCUGCAUAGAGCAUCUGACUGACUCAAUGAGGAUGGACAAGGACAGGAGUCACAUGACUGAGAGGAUACUAAGUCUUACCCUGGAGAUUAUCUACCUACUGACCGGAGAGGAUUACACUAGACUGAAGAAAUCUAGUGAUGGUGAGACACCGACAAGCAGCAACAACCGUCCCCAUGUGUCAGGAGGACUGAGCAGGACCCAGAGCCCCAUCACGGAGUUCCCACCUCACUCCCGGAUACAUGGGAGAGACAAUGAGCAGAAUAUCCUGGAACUCACCAACAAGAUCAUUCAGCUGCUGACUGGAGAGGUUCCUAUAAGGUGUCAGGAUGUCACUGUCUAUCUCUCCAUGGAGGAGUGGGAGUAUGUAGAGGAACACAAGGAUCUGUACAAGGAUGUCAUAAUGGAGAAUCACCGGCCCCUCACAUCACUAGAUAGAGCUAGUAACAGAAGGACUCCAGAGAGAUCGCUCAGUCCCCUUGAAUCACAGACUUUCAGGAAAGAAGAUAAAACGUCACAUGAUUAUUCGGAGGAGAACUUGAAUAUUAUAGUUGUUGAUAUUGUGCCUAAAACUGAAGAAGAGGAUGAGAUCUGUAUGACAGAUGUGAGGAUUAAAGAGGAAGAAAUUCCCAUAUAUAUCGGCACCGACUACAAAUCAGUGUGUGAAAGCAAAAGUCAAAGCUCUCAAGAAAGUUUAAUUGACCAAGACUUAAACAAAGCUGACCCUUCGGAGGUCUCACCUGCUCGUUCUGACUCGGAUCCUCAGGGCCUGAAACAAUGCAUCUGUCCUCACUGCGGGAAAUAUUUUUCUCGUCUCUCGCAUCUGGUCAUCCACCGCCGAAUCCACACUGGGGAGAAGCCAUUUGUAUGCUCUGAGUGCGGGAAGAGCUUCUCCUGUAACUCUUAUCUGGUGAAGCACCUGCGUAGUCACACAGGGGAAAAGCCCUUUGCUUGCUCCGAGUGUGGGAAAUGCUUCAAUCAGAGCUCUAACCUCUUCAAACACCAGAAAACUCACACUGGGGAUAAGCCCUUCGUGUGCCCGCUGUGCGGCAAGUGCUUCACCCAGAAGUCUCACCUUGUUAUCCAUCAGAUCAUUCACACCGGGGAGAAGCGCUUUCACUGUUCCGAGUGCAGUAAGGGCUUCAGCAACAACGCCAGGCUGGUCGCCCAUAUACGGGUGCACACUGGGGAGAAACCAUUCGGCUGCCCGUUGUGUGACAAACGCUUUACCCAGAAAUCUCACCUAGCGAAGCAUCACAUCGUCCACACAGGAGAGAAGCCCUUCGUGUGCCCAGAUUGUGGGAAGUGCUUUAUCAGCAACUCCCACCUGGUCAUACACCAGAGGAUUCACACAGGAGAGAAGCCCUACAGCUGCCCGGACUGCGGGAAGAGAUUCACCCAGAAGUCCGAUCUGGUGCGGCACCAGAAAAUCCACGCGGGUAACAAACCAUUCGAGUGUUCGUCCUGCGGGAAGCAGUUCCUCUGUAAGGCCUAUCUGGCCCAACAUCAGAGAGUCCACUUGGACAAAGCUUUUCUUCCUUUGAAUUCCAGCCCUGGUGUUCCACUAUCGGUCAGAUUAAUCUGUUCCCAAAUGGAAGACCUUCAUUGUAAGCCAGGACAUCACAAUAUCUCCCAACAGGAUCUGGAGAAUGAAAUUCUAAGAGAACUGAAAGUUGAAGAUGAUAUGAUUUGUGUGAAGAUAAAGGAAGAAGAGAUUCCUACAGAGAUCGCAGCAUAUGGAUCCAGUACCAGAAGCACACCAGAGAGGUGUCCCAGCCCUCUUUAUUAUCAGGAUGGUAACGAGGAAUAUGUAAAACCAGAUAAGGACAUUAAGGAAGAAAAUCUGAAUAUUGUGGUAGUUGAUAUUGGUGCAGAGUUUGAUGAUGAAGAAGAUGCAGAUCUGGACAAUGAGGAGUUUGAAAUCCCUACAGAUAUCAGCACAGACUUUGAGGAAAAUGAUCAUCAAGCAGACCAACCAGAGAAUCAUAAUGCAGAUUCAUCAUCGGAUCAGAAAUUAUACAAAUUUAAAGAGUAUAUUUGUUCCGAAUGUGGGAAAUGUUUAACUGGUAGUGCCCAAUUUAUGGCACAUCAGAAAGAACACAAAGUGGAGAAGCCAUUUUCUUGUUCUGAAUGUGGGAAAUGUUUUGGUAAGAAAUUGCACAUGAUUGGACAUCAGAGAAUUCACACAGGGGAGAAACCCUUUUCCUGUCCAGAUUGUGGGAAAAGUUUUAGACUCAAGUCGCAAUUUGUCAUGCAUCGUAGAAUCCACACAGGAGAGAGAGAAUUUUCCUGCGCUAUAUGUGGGAAAUGUUUUACUAGUAACUCAAAGCUUGUGACCCACCAGAAAAUUCAUACAGGGGAGUUUUCUUGUUCUGAAUGUGGAAAAUGCUUUACUAGUAAUGGGUGUCUUGUCAGACAUCAGCGAAUUCACACUGGAGUGAAACCAUUUUCAUGUCCUCAGUGUGGGAAAUGUUUUACCACAAAUUCCCACCUUGUUGCACACCAGAGAAUUCACACAGGCUUGAAACCAUUUUCGUGUUCAGAAUGUGGAAAAUGCUUCACCACUAAAACAAAUCUGGUUGCCCAUAAGAGAAUUCACACAGGAGAGAAACCUUUUUCCUGCUCUGAAUGCGGAAAGUGUUUCAGGAGGAAGCUCCACCUUGUUGGACAUCAGAGAAUUCACACAGGAGAGAAACCCUUCUCGUGUUCCGAUUGUGGGAAGUGUUUCAUCACUAAUGUGCAUCUUGUUCAGCAUCAGAAAAUUCACACAGCCGAGAAAACAUUUUCCUGCUCUGACUGCGGAGAAUGUUUCCGGGUGAAAUUGCAUUUUGUACAACACCAGAAAGUCCACACGGGAGAGAAACCAUUUUCAUGUUCUGAGUGUGGGAAAUGUUUUAGAGUGAAAUCACAGUACCUUCUCCACCACAGAAUACACACAGGCGAUAAACCAUUUCCAUGUCCUGAAUGUGGGAGAUGUUUCAGAUUGAAAUCACAGUUCGCUCUACAUCGUAAAAUCCACACCGGGGAAAGGGAAUUUGCAUGUGGUGAAUGUGGGAAAUGUUUUACGACCAAUUCAAAUCUAAUGCAACAUCAGAAGAUUCACACAGGAGAGUUUGCCUGCUCUGACUGUGGAAAAUGUUUCACUACCAAUUAUUGUCUUGUUAGGCAUCAAAAAAUUCACACAGGAGAGAAGCCGUUUUCGUGUUCUGAGUGUGGGAAAUGCUUUAGGGAGAAAAUACAUCUUGCUGGACAUCAGCGAAUCCACAUAGGAGAGAAAGCGGAUAUGCUUUGAGGUUGGGGAAGGGUUUACGAAUUUCACACUAAUUUUAAUCUUGCAUGAGAUAAUUCAUACAGGAAACAAACACGAUUUUCAUGUCUUCACUGUUGGAUAUGCUUUCAAACUAAACUUUAUAUAAAGGGGUGUUUAUAGGAUUGGGUACCUCAAAGCUUGGCUCCUGUUUGCCCCUGUCCAUUAUUGUCUGUAUCCCGAGACUGAAGUUGUAAAUACAGUAAUCCCAUCAUUUGUUACAGAACAUUUCCCCAUUAUUUUAUGAGUCCGGGAAGAAUGUAGAUUCAGAAUUCACAUGACAGUGCCCCUCUAACCACCACUGUCCGUAUGAGGGAUGGAGAUACCAAUUGUAAACCAAUUCAUGCCCAGUAUAUCACUAAAUGCUAGAUGAACAGUGGGGAUCAGCUCUCGAAAGUGUGUACAGUAUAGGAAACAGGUGGGUAUUCAAUUAAUGCCAAAUUUUUCUGACAGUUGGAAAAUCGGCACUAAUUCGACCUGUGUGUAUUCAAAAAGCGGGUGUUUUUGCCUGUUUUUGAAUCCAUUUUCGCCCAUGCCGUUUCACGUUUUUUGUUUUUUUUGUUAAUCAGCAUGGGCGAAAAUUCCGUAGAAAAUGUCUGUAAAUUCGCCAAAACACGUGUAUCAGCAGUGAAUUCACCGAUACACAUGUUUUUCGCCAGUGCCUGAUUUUUCGACCAGUCGAAAAAACGGCUUUGACCUAAAAACGGACGAAAAGUGCAGUAUUUUUCAAUUGACCAAAAAUAGGCACUCAUUGAAUACCACCCAUAGUGUUUGAUGUAUCAAGUAGUUAAAAGAAUGGAGAAGUGAACUAGUGGAGAACUUGCCCAUAGAAACCAAUCAGCUUUGAGUUAGCAUUUAUCAAGUUCUUACUAUCAAAUGAUAGAUAGAAGCUGGUUGCUUGCUAUGGACUACUGUUCUACUGGUCCACUUCUCCACUCUUUACACUGCUUGAUAUUAUUGCUCUAGAAAUCGAAAAGAGUAUAGAUGUGUUCACUAUACAUGAACCACACAGAGAAAAAAAUACAUUGGAGCACUGCUGAUAAAAAGUUGCAAGGCUCUAGGACGUUACCAAUUCCAUAAACCAGUAACGCAAGGUAAACAAAUUAAUUGCUUCACCAGGACACUAGUGUGGGUUGCUGAUUUUUUUAAACUGAAGGGCUCAUGUAUCAACGAGUGAUAAAAUAGUUGUGAAUGAUAAAUGGGUGCUCCAGCCAAUCAUCUCAACUGUAUUUUUUUCAAACACACAAUAGGAGCUGAUUGGCUGGAAAACUAUUUAUCAUACGCAACGAGUUUUAUCAUUUACAAUGAGUUUUAUCACUCAUUGAUAAAUGAGCUCCUAAGGCCAGCCACAAAUGUUGCCACUUAAUUGUAGCACUUGAGCUUGUGCACAGUUUCAGAAAUAAAUUGGCAAUAUUUGUUAACAUAUGAGUAUAGAACACACAGAUGGGAUACAUCCAAAAGGCGUACAGCCUGGACAUUCUGUAGAUUAAGGCGGGAUUACCGCUGUAACUCGUUGGCAGGAAACCAGGAAUCUAUGCACUGGGUAUAGUCUUGCAGAUCACCUUUCAUACUGCGCAGUGUUUAGAGUACUGAGGAGUAAAGGCUGAUGGCGUGGUUGGUAUCUCUGAUCUCCAUCUUUAUGUUUAUCCAAGGUCCACCAAGUAGAAAACCUUGGUUUGCCUUGAUGACUCGAGGGUGCCUACUGUGGCUGUUGGCAUCUCAUGGCUACCGUUGUUUGAAGCUAGCCAAGAUGUGGCCAUUGAUUUAGACUGUUCGCUACUGGCUGGGAUAAAGCAAACCUACAUGUUUUUCUAAAUAAAUGAAUGGAAAAAACCCAUAAA